ACCCUCGCAGAGGAUGAAAGACGCCUAGCCUAGCAGUGGGAAAACGUCGCGUACCGUUGGUUUUUCGCGGUACGGCAAAGUGCGUGCCGUUAUUUUGUCUUCGUGCCAAGGUUGUGCCGCGUAAAGGAUUAACCUGAAAAACUGGAUUACACCUGCAUGUGACGUCCUUUUGAAUGGUGAAGUUUUGAGCGGAGACUUUGAUCGCUUUCUGACCAUGCGACCGUUUCCCGGGGGACGAUCGGUCUCUCCUUGUUGACAAAACGACCGUCAACAUCCGAAAUGUAGGAAGGAAGGAUGUCUCCACAUCUGAUAACAUGAGACAGGAUGAAGAAGCCCAGCGAUGUAGGAGACCUAGCUGACAGCUGGAAUGGGCAUUUUAAAAGCAGUCCUGGUAGUGUGCACUACACUGCUGCAUACAAGCCACACCAUCAUGGGUGUACCCCGGGGGCACAUCCCUCCCCCCGGAGCGGUCGUUCAAGGGGACGUCAUCCGCAUCGUGGAACGUACUCCCACCGUGUACCUCGUCAGGCAGAUCUAUGAGCAUCCCAACAGGCCACCCGUUCCCCAGCAUUUCUUUCCCAACCCACUGCCGAUUUCGGAACCCUAUGGGACGACAGGUUGGGUGCCGGUUGCGCCACCUUUGGGCCAGGAACAGCCGAGUGCAGUGCCGGUACAGAGACCAGUACAGCUUCCGCAGUACCGCCCGUCGACACUAAUGUAUCCCUUGGAGAAGCCACAGAACUGGCUAAACGGUCGAGAACGUGCUCCUCCACCUUCUAUCCCGGAGCCACGUCCACAGGAGUUUAUGAGAGAGGCGUUCAAUUUACGUAGUGCUGUGUCGAAUAUCUCUGCAGUACAGGCAACGUCUGCUCCGGUAAUCGAAUCCACGACAACUGAGCUUGCAAAAGGACAGGUUGACGUCACGCAUCUUGCUACGAGUACGGAGCCGACUGUUACUGUGGACAGUGCUACACAGCUCCCAGCGUCGGCAUACCCAACAAACAAUGCCAGUGAAAGUGAUUCCAGUCUGCUCAGCAUUACAGAACAGACCCGCGAAGAUGCACUGUUAGAGACUGCGGAGGGCGAUGCCACCGCGACGCAGGCUGUUGUGCCGACCGAGGUACGGACAGUGGCCACUCCAGGAGGGGAGAAGGGCAGGCGUAACUAUGCACUUGCGAGUGGCGCAGUGGCGGGAAUCGUCGUCGGGGCCAUCUCCAUUGUAGCUCUCCUGACGGGUCUGGCAACCUACAUUAUCUUGCGAAGGCCGUUCGUUAAGCUUCUCAAUGGCAACGACAAGUCUUCUGCGGAGAAUGUUGCCUACAUCGACGACUCUUUCAGAGGUGGUUACAUGAACACUCAUGUUGAACUGCCCAAGGAGAGCUCGGAAGAGAUGACCUCUCUCGACAACGACUCCUUCCUUAACAGCCUCGAAGCAGUUACCAUCCAGAACUACUGGGCUGACAGCACAGCUACCAGGAAUACAAAUGUGUAGCUUAAAGGAAAACCCCAUCUACUAGCAAUAUGUACCUCACUUAUUUGCUACGCUUUUUCCAUGAAUUCAUGGUACACAUUGUGUAAUUCUCAAGAGUGGGAGGAAAGAAGGAUUAUCUCUCCUCAUGAAAAAAGUCAAGGAGGAAAAAGUUGUACAUAGGAAGAACCAGGUGCUGCCGAUAGUACAUCUGUAUAAAUUAUGAAAGUGUCCUCCUUUUUUUAGUAGUGGCAGGGAUGUUCAAAUGGUGCCGAGCAUGUGCAAAUCUGCCUUUGGUCACCGUCACGCGAUUAACUAAAUGGAUCUGCACGUUGCAAACAUCUGUGAAUAAACAGUGCAUAUGCACAUACAGUAAUGUGAGAAUUCGGUAACCGUGUAAAUACCAUAAAUAUUGUAGUAUUUUCCAUCAGGCAGAAAAACCUAAGAGAAAAAGUCAUCAUUGAUGCCCCAUGUAGGGGCACAGUUUGUCUCGUUGCAUUUUUUAGUGCUUUACACACGUGAGUACACAUUGAUUUGUCUUACCGCUAUGUUUCCUUUUUGUAGCAUUGCACUACUGUGAACUGACUGCAAGUGUUCAGGUUUGUUUGUAUAAUUAAUGUACAGGAAGCUAUGAAACGCAAUGUUAACAAACUUAUGUUUGAUACAUGUCGCGCCCUCUUUCUAUUUGUUCCAGAGAAUUUUUAUUGUUAUUGUUAGGAAGCUGAACUGCCGUUAAGUAUUGUUAGCAUGACUUGCCAUGCAGUGAUGAACUUGUCUUCUUGAAACUUGUUUGACAGACAUGGUUUUAUGUGGGAAUGGUUUUUUAACGCGUACGAUAUUGCAUUCUGCGAACCAGGGUGUGGAUGCUGUGCAUUGCAGGGAGCAGACCACUAAACGUGCUGCAGUGAGAGAGUGUUUGCACGAGCUAGUCUUAUCCAUAUGCACGUCACAUAUGAUCCGUAUAAUUUAUUUUCGUGCCCUUUUAGCGGCACAUUUCAGGUAUCGAAGCAUUUCAAAGUAGUACGUCGAAAGGUUUCAUUAAAAGGUUUAUUUCUCAAUAAAAAUAGCACCAUAUUAUUCUAUAA